CCCUUGGACAUGGAGGGGAUCAGGAGGUGGCUGCUCAGCAUCCUCUUUGCUGUGUCCUGGCCCUCCACAAAGGGGGACAUAGAAGAAAACAUUCCCCAUCAGACCCUAAGUUGCUACAAUGACUUCCAAACUAGGAUCAUCUGCCAGUGGGAGGAGAUGGCCAAUGCUCAACGCUACCUCAACUUGUCUCUUUACCACCAGAUGUACAAGUGAGUAUCUAACAGGACUGUUGAAGCAAAGCAAGUCUUCUGCGACCAUAGUCAGAACACGUCCUUGCCCGCUUGUAAGUUCCAAUCCUGCAUUCCCAAGACCUGCUUCAUUCACCAGAACUACAUAGUUGGGAGCCAGAUCGACCUCUACAGUUUCAGAACAGAUCGGCCCCUGGAGAUCAAGCUUAACGUCAGCCUGGGCCAGAGCGUUCAGCUUCCCACCCCAAAGAAUCUCCAGAUUACAAAAAAUGGAACCAAAGGCUUCCUGCUUUCAUGGGAGAUACCCCAAAGCUGGAACCAAAACCACCAGUCGUCCUUUGGAGUCCUGAUGUUUGAGGUGGCCUACAAGAGGCAAUGGGAGUCAUGGGAGGAGGCUUUCACAAAGAGCUCUUCCACAUUCCACGUUACCUUUGGGCAGGACCACCUCAUUCCUGACAACCUCUAUGUGGCCCGAGUGAGGGCAAAGACAUCUGGAGAACGUUUUAGCCCUUGGAGUUCUGAGAUUCCCUGGGAGUCACAGGAAGGGGAUCCGGCUCAACCCAAGAAUCUCCAGUGCUUCUUUGAUGGACUCAAACAGCUUACUUGCACCUGGGAAGUGAGGGCAGAGGUUGUCGGCUCUGUCUCCUUUGAGCUCAUCUACAAAGCUGGUCCAGAUGAGACAUCCUAUAAGCUCCUUCCAAGUGGGAAGACAACUUGGUUGUUUCCUUACAUUUCAGUCCAGCCCCAGCCACCAUCCAUUAAGGUCAAGAAGACGGGAGACAGCUACUGGCUGAACUGGAAAACAUCCAAUACAAAUUAUGAGCAGAGCUACCAAGUUCAAUACAGGAAGUCUACAGAGUCUUGGAAGGAUGCCCGCAAUGAAACCUUGAGAAUUGUCUUGGGUAUGGAAAUCUCUGAGAAAAAUCUGGAGCCAUUCACAGAUUAUUUUGCCAGAGUGAGGGGAAAAAUCUCAUCUGAAUCCUACAAAGGAAUAUGGAGUGAGUGGAGUAAUGAAUACAAGUGGACUACAGGCAGUGGAGGAAGGUUACAAGUCUCCCUUCCAUGGAUCCUCUCACUGGUGCUGGUCAUCACUACAAUCCUGGUACUCCUGGGGGCCUGGUGCUGUUGUAACUAUGGAGGCAGACUGAAGGCAAAUUGGGAAAACAAGAUUCCCAACCCAAGUAAGAGCCAACUGUUCCAGAAUAAAAACAAGAAGAAUUGGAUUCCAAGUAAACUUUCUACUUCUAGUCAAGAGAGCCCCUGGGAAAAGGAGGAGAGAGAAAGCUAUGCCUCCUGGUUGAAUUGGAAUGACCUUGAAGAUACUACCAGAAGUUGGGUGUCCCCUCUCAUUGCUAUGGACCCCAAAGAUGCAAGCUCUCCAUCCUCUGACCUGGACUCAUACUCAGAAUCCCUCAAUUUGCCUGAUGAGAACCCGAGCCUGCCCAGCUCCCAGAAAAAGUCUGAGCUCAACAUUCCAACCAUGGACCUAGCCUCUGGCAUUGCUUUCAAUGGCCCCUACCUUCAUUUGCCCCAUAGCCACUCUCUUCCUAACAUCACUGGCCAGAUGGGGUCCUGCCAGACUGAAGGGAACAAGAAGCAACUCCAUGGGUCCCUGGAGUAUUUUUGUCUGCCCCAGGGUAGGCAGGGUGGCCUUAUUCCUAUGGCCAAGCCAGCUGAACUGGGCAAGGACAAAGAGGAAACUUCAUCUGCUCUUGCUUCAGACAAAGAAGAAUCCAAAAGCUACCCACUCAAGGAUCAGGCUGCCCUUCUAUCUGGGGAACCAAGGCAGGAGGAAAAUCUCAGCCAACCAUCUACCAGCUCCAAAGACCCCCUGAAAUUGGUCCAUGUCUCAGGCUAUAUUGCCCCUGAGGACCUGAUACUUGGCUCUGGAAAGCCUGAGAGUCCCCCACCUCUCUCCGAGCCUCCUUUACCUUGCUCAGCUCUUGAGUCCAGUCUUGGCCCCUUCCUAGAAAAGACCAAAGGACCUACUUCAGCUCCCAGCUCAGCAAACCUGGCAUUGGAAGGUUAUGUUGAAAUCCCUCCAAAAAUGGCCAGUACUGAGGUCCUUCCAGAGAACCCUAACUCCUUGAAAGUUGAACCCUCAACCCCAAAUCUCACGGAUGUCCAGCAGGAUGAGACUAUAACAAUGAUCCAUCCCGAUGGACUCAUUGUCCUACAGCAAAUAGGAGACUAUUGCUUCUUCCCUUCCCAGGGCCAACUGGUUUCUCCCGGCCAUUGCCCUGAGAAAAUGGCUAAGCCCCAGGAUAUUCAGGGCAAGGAGCCUCCAAGCCAACCAAUGCCCCAGGUGCCUGCCAUUCAGCUCUUCAAGGCCAUGAAGCAUCAGGAUUACCUUGCUUUACCAACAUGGGAUGGCUGUAGGCCAGGGCAAGUGUUCUAACAACACCCUCCAACUGGGGUGCCA